CAUUUAGAACAAAUACAGUGCGUAAUAGCUUUCGUCUUGAGCCUGCAUUGUCCUCUGUGAGAGGUUGAAACGGGGCAGGGUAAAAGGACCCAGCAGGCUGUGCUUUUAAAAGACCCGGGGAGCCUAUAAAAGUGGUUUCAUGCCCGCUGCAGUAAAGACUCGGCUCGGUGUGCGCACAGACGGACAGACAGAGGUAGGCAGAGCUGAGAGAGGAGCACAACACACACACAUAGAGACACACACAGAGUAUCCAAGGUUUAUUUUCAGAUGUCGGGAUCUCGGUCAGAGACAAACGGGAAGCGAGAAGCGGCAAUUUUCUCUCUCACCUUGGCUUUUAAGCCAGGCUGUUUCACAAACUAAGCUAGAGUCGUUUCUUUUACAGUCUACAGAAGUGCAUGUUUGCUGUUUUAGCGGAUGGGAUGCGCGUCUUCUCACUAACCAACCGGCCCGCUGCUGUUUGACAUAUUUCCUCCCCCUAAAACCCGUGCUGGAUUAACUCACCGGUUUGCUCUCUUACCGGGAGGAAGUUGGCCUCAUUAAAACUUUUUUUUUCUGGCCGUUUAACUUUGGAUGCCACGGAAAUGGGACCGCGCCAACGGGAGAGCGUGUCCGCGCUUUGCAGAAAAAGUUUGCUUUGGACGGUGCUGAUACUCUGGCUGACCACGUUUGUUGACGGCACCUGGAAGACGGGACUUUACAAAACCUACUCAGCCGGGACGCAGCUGAGCAGAGACCAGACAGCAGUAGCCUCUCACACCUCAAUCUAUCAGAAAAGGAACUGGUGCCCUCAUACGGUCACUAAGACAGUGACUUGCCAGGUGCAGAAUGGGACAAUCCUGCAGCGAGUCUACCAGACAUGCCGCUGGCCACAGGGAUGUACAGGAGGCAGCUACAGGACUGUGGUCAGACCUUCUUAUAAAAUUGUGUACCGCACUGCGACCUCUCUGGAGUGGAAAUGCUGUCCAGGAUUCAGCGGCGCCGCCUGUGAAGAAGAAGCAGGGAACCAGCUUGUGGCUCAAGAGGCAGUAAGGAAACCAUCCACACUACGCCGCCCGCCUGCACGCACAGGAGAGUCGAUCUCUAACUGUCUCAACUGCAGUCGAAUCACAGAAAUGAGUGACAAGCUGAGCUCACUGGAGGCGAAGGUCCAAUUACUCACUGCCCCGGCCUCUGUAUCACAUCGCCACCUUCAGGGCAAAGGGGGAACCGUGCCAGAGGCCUCGUUACUGAUGGGGGCCGUGCCCGCUCAGGGAGCUCCUGGUGAGCAGGGACCUGCAGGUCCUCGGGGUGAAAAGGGGAGAGAUGGACUUCCUGGCAGAGAAGGGAAGCCAGGGUCUCGAGGGCUGCCUGGUCCCAGUGGGCCACGGGGGGAGGCUGGGGUAAGGGGCCCAUCUGGAACCCCUGGAUCGAAGGGAACCCCAGGCCCAGCAGGGCCCCGUGGUCCUCCAGGACUCCCAGGAGAGAGGGGUCUACCAGGGCCUCCAGGGCCUCCAGGCCCACCAGCACCAGCCAGUGCCCAUAUCCCAGAACCGGACCACAAUCGUGGAAAGGACCCCUUCUUCACCAACACUUUCCAUGACUCUCGAGGGGUACCUGUUCCAGGACCUGAGGGUCCCCCUGGGCCUGUUGGUCCCCCAGGUCCCAAAGGCCCAGUAGGACCUCCCGGCCCACAAGGACAGAAUGGGAAACCUGGAUCUCUUGGAGUGCAGGGCCCUAUGGGGCCCAAAGGAGAACGCGGGGAGAGAGGUCCUUUAGGUUACCCAGGAGAGAGGGGCUUCAGAGGCGAGCCGGGAGCACCGGGUCCCAAGGGAGAACCAGGAGAGAAGGGCUUGCCGGACGUUAGCUUGCAGAUGUUCCACGACUUGCAGGCAGACCUUGAGCUUCUGGCUCGCAGGGUGACGCUGCUGGAGGCUAUCAUCUGGCCAGAGCCUGAUCUAGGGUCUGGGGAUGGACCGUUUGGCACAGCCUCCCCUAGUUUCUACAGAGAUAAGCGAGCAGGUGUGCUUCCAUAUCGACUUGCUUCUCCUCUGUCCUCCGACACCAAGGUUCGAGGGAAGUAGCCCCCCCG